CCCCGGGUUAUCCACGUGUUAAUUGUGUGAUGACAACAAUGAGGGUGCCAGCCUAGCUUUCUGGUGUUUUCUGUUGUGUUCGCUACUGUCAAGAUGUUCUAUUUUCACCAUUUACGUUCUGCAUUAGUUCUUAUGGUAUUGUUGUACGUUUGCACGACUUUUGGGGACGACACAGGGAAAUCGACCACAGCACGAGCAGGGGACGCAGCCAAGCCAAGCGGAGAUCAAGCAGACGAUGAGAGUGGUGAUAUUGUCACAGGGAAAAUCUCCCCAUUUGACAGAUUCAAGAAGCUGUUUGCAGAACACCGGUCACUGCAGCUGAAUGCCAUCAAGUCGCUGCAGCAGUUCGGGGACAACAUGCAGCGACACAAGCUGGUGGAGAUCAUGCUGCAGCAACUGUUCAUUACUCUGGCACAGGCGAGGGUGAACAUCACGGAGUGGGGGGUGCUGCCGGGCGACCCUUUCCCAGACGAGGAAUCCAAGCAGGAAUCUGUGUCAAAGAUCUACGAGAACACGGCCAUGUUUGGUGACAUGGUGCUCCGACUGCCGGACGUCGUCCACCCUCUGUAUGACAAGAACCGGGAGUGGCAGAUGACGCUCAGUUGGAGUGUGAUGUUCUGUAACAUGUCGCUGGUGUUUGAGGGAUCUAGCGGCACUCUACUGAACCUGAUGGCCCAGGAGGUGAACAUCCUCCCCAGAUCUGCUGAGUACGUCAACCCUUUCAAGACAGUCGACCCAAAGGAACAGAAGAAAUUUGCAGAAGCAGUGAAAAAACAACUGAAGCCAAAAAAGAAGAAAAAGAUUGUCCGGGGCCCUCGUAUGUCUCACACGGAACUGUAGGGCACGCACUGCGGGGAGCUCGGGGCAGCCAACCAAAGUCAUGGAGGCAGAGAAGCCACGCCUCCACUUGUUAUCUUUGCUUUGAUUUGUGGAAGAUGUUUUACUUACUGAAUGGGUGUGUGAUGAGUGAAAGUCAAUGAACACAGAAUUCUGGAUCAUUAAAUGGUUUUAAUAACAGUUUCAUGUGGUAAUAACAAGAAAUGGUAUUGAUUUCAGUUUAUGUGCUAAUAUGCAGAUGUUUAUCCUGUGUUUAUCAAGCAUGUAAGACUUGUACUGUCAAGGAGCUUGGUGUCCAAGUCAUUCAUUGCUAUUACCUACAACAAAUUCCAGAAAGCCAAUCAAAGAAACCAUGUCAGUCCAAUAUAAUCCUGUAUUUAGUAAACUUCCUGACUACAUCCAAUGACAUGUACAUGUAAGCAGUUAUUAUCUGGUAAUGAUGUAUUUAUAAACAUCUAGAAAAUGUCACAGCAGUGAGGACAGAUUGACAUGUAGGACAGCUUCUUUUAUUCCUGCAUUUCAGCUUCUGUACUUUUGAUUUCCACAGCACAGGUACAAAUACCUUUAUCCAGCUGUAAACCCAUGAAGAUCAGGGUUAGAAUAGGUCUUCAGCAACUCAUGCUUGACGUAAGAGUCGACUAUGCUUGUCAUAAGAGGCGACUAACGGGACUGGGUGGUUUUUCUCAAUUAUACAGACCGCCAUCAUAUAGCUGGAAUAUUGCUGAGUUGGGUGGUAAACAACAAACAAAUCCAGCUGUUUCACUUGAUGGUACUGGUACCGGUACCUGGAAAAUGUCACAGUCGAGAGAAAAAAGCAAUGGUGAACAAAAGAAGUUGGACUUCGUGUCUGUAUAAACUAAGGGACCUUUUCGUAUUAUUGGGGGACAGGCUUGAAAAGAGUGAUUUGUCAUUAGGAUUUACCAAAACAAAUAAUUGUUUGCUGAACAUGCUAGAAAUAAUGAAGUCUUCCCUGAAUAAUUGGCUCUGCCGAUCAGAGGAAUAAAUUGUCUUGAAGCACUAACUGUAAAAUAUUCUGUCUCUGACAAAAUUACCAGCCCCCUCUCAACAAUAUGAAAUGAUCGGUCACCUAUGCAGGUUCUGUAUUCUAGACUUAAUCCGCCAUCAUAUGUGUCUGUCAGGAUGUCUGACUGUUGUGUGGACGUAAUCCGCCAUCACAUGUGUCUGUCAGGAUGUCUGACUGUUGUGUGUCAGGAUGUCUGACUGUUGUCUGUCAGGAUGUCUGACUGUUGUCUGUCAGGAUGUCUGACUGUUGUGUGGACGUAAUCCGCCAUCACAUGUGUCUGUCAGGAUGUCUGACUGUUGUGUGGAAGGAUGUCUGACUGUUGUGUGGAAGGAUGUCCGGCAGGGCAGCUGGGAUGGAACAUUAUGGCCAUCGUAUCAGCAUAGUAGUCUGUGUUUGGGGGUGACGGUUCUCAUCCUUUUUAUAAUGGGUUGCUUCUUCAGAACAUAAGUUUGAUGUUGACAUUUUGUAUGUACAUUCUCGUAUCUUUACCUCAUAAUUGACCUUUAUGGCAAAGAAUAAUCGGAAAGAGAAAGGUGGGAUGACAUUGCAUGUCUGACCUCAAGAUGAAUUUAGUGGUUACCGAGGAAUGUGGAUAUGAUUGAUGAAGUUCCUUGUGAUGAGACGUGGAAGAGUUAGCAGGUGACCUGUUGUUAUCUUGUUACUGUUAGACAUUUGCCAUCUCCAACCUCAUUGCCCUCGUACUUACUCCCAGUUAUAGUUCAUAUCUUGUUACAGAAAUGGCUUUUUUGUAUUAACUUGUUAUCUGUGCAUCUGACAUUUCGACAUUGACUAGUUAGCUGUGUGUCUGUGACUUGUUGACUUGUUAGCAGUGUGUCUGUGACUUGUUGACUUGUUACCCGUGUGUCUGUGACAUGUUGACUUGUUAGCUGUGUGUCUGUGACAUGUUGACUUGUUAGCUGUGUGUCUGUGACUUGUUGACUUGUUAGCAGUGUGUCUGUGACUUGUUGACUUGUUACCCGUGUGUCUGUGACAUGUUGACUUGUUAGCUGUGUGUCUGUGACAUGUUGACUUGUUAGCUGUGUGUCUGUGACUUGUUGACUUGUUAGCAGUGUGUCUGUGACUUGUUGACUUGUUACCCGUGUGUCUGUGACAUGUUGACUUGUUAGCUGUGUGUCUGUGACAUGUUGACUUGUUAGCUGUGUGUCUGUGACUUGUUGACUUGUUAGCAGUGUGUCUGUGACUUGUUGACUUGUUACCCGUGUGUCUGUGACAUGUUGACUUGUUAGCAGUGUGUCUGUGACAUGUUGACUUGUUAGCAGUGUGUCUGUGACAUGUUGACUUGUUAGCUGUGUGUCUGUGACAUGUUGACUUGUUAGCAGUGUGUCUGUGACAUGUUGACUUGUUAGCAGUGUGUCUGUGACAUGUUGACUUGUUAGCAGUGUGUCUGUGACAUGUUGACUUGUUAGCAGU